CCAACCUGUCUUUCUAUCCAAUUGCCAAUGGUAGAUGCACGUCAAUGCGGCUGUGGAAAGCCAGCAGCUCAUUUUCAAACUAAGAAAAAGACUGUAAAUGAAGGUCGCUGGUUUUGGACGUGCCCGGAUAGGAAAUGCAAGUAUUUUGAAUGGGAUACACCUCCUGUGAAAGCAGCACAAUCAGACCAUAGCGGAGCUGCCAAUGUAGUUGACUCUGCCAUUACUGGUUCUACUGCUACCAAACGUGCGUUACCUUGGCAGGGUAAUAAGGGGAAGAAACCCAAUAGUGCAGACUCCGGUUCCUCAAUUAUAGAGAUCACAUUGACCGUUCGCGAUGUUUCACACAUCUGUGCCAAAACAUCCUUUCAUGAAGCAAUUCCAAAGAUUUUCCACGCCGUAAAAGAUGCAGAAUGGGACUCAGAAGCCAAAGUCUGGAUAUUUGAUUCGGGUCGUUACGAUGAAGUUAUCAAAAAAUUGGAGGAUCUGAAAAACGAUGGCUUUUUGCCGCGAAUCAAUGAACUGCCGACGUUUGUGCACAAACUGUUGAAGACGCCUCAAAAAUCGACUGAGACUGAUUCCAAUAUUCUGCAGUCAAUGCAAACCAAAAUACCUCCGUAUGUAUAUGAAAGAUUGAUGGACUUCCAGAAAGUGGGAGUCUUAGAAGCAAUAAAGAAACAGGGAAAGGUAUUAUUAGGCGAUGAAAUGGGGCUUGGGAAGACAAUUCAAGCCAUCGCUAUCUGCGCCUUUUAUCGCAGCGAGUGGCCCGUAAUGGUGAUUUGCCCUUCAUCUCUACGUCUCACCUGGCAAGCAGAGAUCUGCAAAUGGCUCGACCUCCCCGAGGAAAGGAUACAGGUCAUUUUUGCCUCCAAGGACCGUGUUUCUUCUGAAAGUCAUUUUGUCAUCACGAGUUAUGACUUGGCGAGUAGAGAGGACAUCAAGAAGCAGCUAGAAAAGGCCAAAUACCGGAUAGUAGUUGCAGAUGAGUCCCACUUUCUAAAAAGUCGGGAGGCUAAGCGGACCAAGACAAUUAUUCCAUUACUAAAGGGGGCGAAACGUGCCCUCCUCUUGUCGGGGACCCCUGCGCUAUCUCGACCGAUCGAACUUUUCACGCAGAUUAGUGCGUUAUUACCUUCCUUUACUACUGCUGUGCAAUUUGGUGUCAGAUACUGUGACGGCAAGCAGAAUCGGUACGGAUGGGAUUUCACAGGAAAUUCGAACAUUGCCGAACUGCACUGGUUUCUUGAGCAAACUGUCCUCAUUCGAAGGCUGAAAAAGGACGUCCUAAAGGAACUGCCUAGCAAGACCCGGCAGUGCGUUUACGUUGAUAUUGCUGCAAAAAGCAAGCAGACCUUUGCAGCUCUCAUGGCGCAAAAUGAGGAAAUCAACGAAAGGCUGGAAGACGCGAAAACAGCCAGUAAUACCAAGCACCGACAGGAAGUUACCCUCGAGAAGAGGACCCUUCUGAUUCAAAUGUAUCGUGAAACUGGGAUUGCGAAACUGCCGGCGGUUCAAGAGUACUUACGAGAGCUCCAUGAUCACACGUCAAAAAAAUUCAUAGUAUUUGCGCACCAUACACAUGUCCUCGACACUGUCUCUGAGCAAUUGAAUCAGCUAAAAACACGAUACGUUAGAAUUGACGGAAGUACAUCGUCGCAAGUACGACAGGACCUAUGUGAGGAAUUUCAAAAUGACCCGGAGACGCGGGUAGCGGUUUUGAGUAUCACAGCGGCUGGCGUAGGGCUGACCUUGCACGCCGCGGACUUGGUUGUCUUUGCCGAGCUGUUUUGGAAUCCAGCUCAGUUGUUACAAGGAGAGGAUCGGGCGCACCGAAUCGGGCGGGAAGAAAACGUGGACAUCAAGUAUAUUCUCGCACGGGGGACAUUGGAUGAUAUCCAAUGGCCCCUUAUCCGCAGAAAGUUGGAUGUUGUUGGCCAAAGUAUUGACGGACACAGCGCAACCAUGGAUACGAUCGAAUCUUCAUCUGCCAGGGAUGAAAAAGAGAAACGGCUACAGCCUACGAUUGAUAAGUUCUUUGGCAGUGAUGAAACGUUGACGGAGCUCAUCGGCGGGAGUACAGAAAUGGUGGAGCAGGAGAAAGAGGCACAUGACAAAGGAAGGCAUAGUGUGAAAACCCUGAUCGAAGCGGUGCCAACGUUCACAGCUGUGGAAGGGUCAUCGGACUAUGAUGCAUCUCAAUCCGACGACGAGAGAAACCCGUCAAGAAGGUUAAAGAGAAAGCAUAUUGAUCAAAAGGACGCAUAUGAAGAAAGUGAACAGAAACCUAAGCGGUUUCACCGGGGGAAGGUCUAGACAUUUGAUGACGUUGCUAGACUUGGCAGUCAUGGAUUAAGUGAUCAGCAGCGGUUUACGAGCAUUAGCGACCAUCUUGUUGGAAGGAUUGGAUAGGAUGUAUACAGUUAGGGAGCAUAUAUUACAUUAUCAACAUAGGUUCACGAAAAUAAUUUAUAUCUCGGC